AUGCGUAGCCAACUUCAAAGUGUCGAAUUGCGCUGUCGCGUCCUUUGACACGGUUAACCGUUUGUAGGACCAGUUUUAUCACUUUUUGGUGAGGUUUUAACCGUUUUACCAUGCAAAGAGUUUGCGGGAAAUCGCGAAAAUUAUGACGAAAUCGCCGUAUUUAUGUCUAGUGGUGAGGAGUUCUCGAAAAGUGCAGUUCGUGUGAUAAACUAAGGCAGUGUCGUGUGCCUCGACAGAUAUAUUUGCUUUAUUGAUAUUUUGAGUGUCAUAGGCCUUACGGUGUCUAUGCAUAUCCUGAGAGUUUGGACGGUAUUCUAAGCCAAUUCUGUGAUAAACAGUUUCGCAAAUCUACCUGGAUCAUUCAGCUGACACCAUGUCAGAAAUAGUGUACCCUCAAGGGUGCAGAUCUGUUACAGAAGAUCUUGGUCCAGAUGAAUUAAUCAGAAGACUCAAGACUCUUGCACACACAUUGCAAGCAAUGGGCCAAGAUGAGGGAAUGUACCAACAGUACAUUCCUUUAGCUUUACAUUUGGCUGAAGAACAUUUUCUGAUGCACCAAAGUAAAGAUGUACAGCUACUUAUUGCAUGUUGCAUAGCUGAUGUUCUAAGGGUCUAUGCUCCAGAAGCUCCAUAUAAAGAUGCUGAUCAGGUGAAAACAAUAUUUUUGUUUCUAAUCAAACAAUUGGCUGGUUUAAAAGAUCCCAAGGACCCUGCAUUUAAAAGAUACUUCUAUCUCCUUGAGAAUUUGGCGUAUGUCAAAUCCUUCAAUAUGUGUUUUGAACUUGAGGACUGCCAAGAGAUUUUCUGCGCAUUAUUUUCUCUAAUGUUUAAAAUCGUCAAUGAUGAGCACUCUGGAAAAGUUAAAAGUUUCAUGUUAGAUGUUCUUUGCCCAUUGAUUACCGAGUCGGAUAUCGUCAGUAAUGAACUGUUGGAUAUUAUUCUGAUGAAUAUUGUAGAACCGAACAAGACACAGAAAAAGAAUGCGUAUCUUCUCGCUAAGGAACUCGUAAUAAAAUGUAGCGAUACUUUAGAGCCUUACAUUCAAGCGUUCUUCAAUCAUGUCCUAAUCCUGGGCAAAGAGGAAAAAGGUUUACAGAUCUGCAAAAAGGUCUACGACUUAAUUUACGAGCUGAAUCACAUCUGUCCGAGCGUUUUGCUCUCCGUCCUUCCGCAAUUAGAAUGUAAAUUGAAAUCCUCUUUGGAGAAUGAACGAUUGGGUGCCGUUGCUCUGCUUGCUCGAAUGUUUUCUGAAAAAGGUUCACAAUUAGCCAUUCAGCAUACCCAGCUUUGGCGAGCAUUUUUGGGGAGGUUUAAUGACAUCAGUGUCUCCAUUCGUAUAAAAUGUGUGCAGUAUUCGAUGCACUUUUUAUUAAAUCAUCCUGAAUUAAGAAAAGACAUUACAGACACAUUAAAGUUGAGACAACACGACGCUGACGAGAGUGUGCGAUAUGAAGUUGUUAUGGCUAUUGUCACAACUGCCAGAAGAGACUUUGAAGUUGUUUCUGACAGUGAAGACUUAUUGGAGUUUGUUAAAGAAAGAACAUUGGACAAGAAGUUCAAGAUCAGAAAAGAAGCCAUGGCUGGUCUUGCUAUGAUUUAUAAAAAGCAUUUAAAUGAUGCGGAUGUGCCCCAGGCUACAAAGAAAGCCGUCACUUGGAUAAAAGAUAAGAUCUUACAUGGAUAUUAUAUGGCUGGUAUGGAAGACAGAUUGUUGGUUGAAAGAUUACUGAAUACAUGUUUGGUACCGUACCAAUUACCAGCCGAAGAGAGAAUGAAAAAGUUGUACCAUUUAUUGGGUACCAUUGAUGAUCACGCAUCAAAAGCAUUUGUAGAACUUCAGAAACAUCAGCUUGCUGUGCGGAGAGCCGUCGUAGAAUGGCUAGAAAUUGUGAAGAAGCCAGAUGCCCAGAGUGAAUUGAUGUCAAAAAUCUUACAAAUAUCACGAUUUCUGCCAGAUCCUAUGAAAGUGCAGGAAUUUUUACAAAAAUUCAGUGUCCACAUGAAAAAAGAACCAUCUUUAUUGCAAGGAAUGGAAACGAUCGUACAACCAACUGUAUCUUGCAAAGAAUGCGCAGAUACGAUCAGUUUUGUUCUUAAAAAGUUAGGUCAACCUGUUAUGACGAAUCUCUACUAUAAUACAAUCAAGAUGCUUCUUGAAAGAGUGAGUUCUGUCAUGAUUGAUGAGGAAGCCAUCAGAGUAUUAAUUGGAUACGUGUUAGACUGCUUAAAGGGUGGUAACGUUAUAGAAGAGGUCGGUUUAAAUCCAAACAACGCUGGUGAGAAGGGUUUGAGAUUACUUGUGAUGCUAUCAUUCGUAUUUGGUCCACACUUUCUUCAUGAUGAUAUUUUAAUGCAACUUGUUCAUUUGCUUGAACUCGAGGAUGAAAUGGUAGGACCAUUGGUCCUUUCUAUCUUCACAUUUCUCGGAAAGUACAAACCGCUUUGUGAAGUGGCACCUGACAUAAUGAACCUGAUGGUACCAAUAUGUAAGAACUUUGCUGAGACUGGCACACCGAAACAAGCGAAACAGGCAAUCAGAUGUUUGUUCGUAAACAUGACGAACAUUCAUGACACUAUAUUCCCGGAAAUUAUUGAGAGGAUUAAAAACACAUUAACGCCUACGUCAGAGUAUUAUAGAACAUCGAUCGUAACGCUAGGGCACAUUGCCUACAAUUUGCCGGACAAAUAUCAGAUACAAAUCAAGAACAUGGUGUCGAGAAAAAUAGUCAAAGAGUUACUGGUUAAAGAGAACAGUGAGCAAACUGCUGACGCUAUUGAAGGUGAUUGGUGCCGCGAAGAUCAGCUUCCCGAGGAAACCCGUUGUCGUUUAGAAGGACUUAAGUGUAUGGCAAGGUGGCUGCUGGGUCUAAAAACUGAUGUACUGUCUGCACAGAAGACAUUUAGAAUGCUGAAUGCUUUUGUAGUGAAUAAAGGCGAUCUUUUGCAACAAGGACGAUUGAGCAGAGCCGAGAUGAGCUGGUUGCGUUUGCAAGCCGGCUGCUCUAUGCUCAAGAUUUGCGAACAGAAAGGCGUUGGAGAUCAGUUCACAGCUGAACAAUUUUACAACUUAUCACAGCUUAUGGUGGACGACGUUCCUCAAGUUAGAGAAGCAUUUGGAAGCAAAUUACACAAAGGCCUUGGCAGGGGAAUACCAAACAAGUGUCUGCCAUUAGAUUUCAUGGGGUACUAUGCUCUUGCUGGUAAAGAACAAGAUAAGAGGUUGAAAUGCGUUCUAAAAACAUAUAUGCAGACCGAUAUUAACAAGAGGAGGGAUUACGUAAAGACGUUGUCACUAGGAACCGUGGAACGGGCUAUGGGUCAACUGCCUCACAUUCUGCCAGACUACAUGCUAGUAUUUGCUGUUCCAAUUCUGGCUCAUGAUCUAGAAUUUACAAGUCAUAUGGACAUUAGUCAGCUGAAAGUGAUUCAGCAAUGCCUGUGGUUCAUUUUGGAGCCGCUGAUAACCAAAAAUGAGUACUACUGUUAUGGAUUUUAUAAAAACCUUGUUGAGCGAAUGAAGAGCCACAAGGAUGCGCUAAAACCUGAAGAUGAUAGCAUGAAUUAUAAAUUGUGGGCAGUCUGCGAUCUCGCGAUGAACGUUAUCUUCACCAAAACGACCAACUUUGACCUUAAAGAGUUUCCCAGUGAAACGCGAAUUCCUACAAUGUACUUCAAGCGUGCUGACGAGUUACUGGCUAACACGAAAAACUAUUUACCAGCCGAAAUGCAGGUCAAUAUGUCCAGUCCUAAAGGUCGAGGAACUCUGCACAAUGCGCACACAGUUAACGACAGACCUCAACGCAGAGCUAAGGCCAAACAACAGAAGGAAGUAGGCAUCGGACCGAAUGAGACUGAUGCAAGGCUGCAAAUUGGAGAAAUGGAAUGUAUUGAUGCACAGCCCGCGGAAGCAUCCGAGACCAGGAUUCAGUUGCCCGGUUUAGAAGAAGAGAUCGAGGAACCACCGGCAAAGAGGGCACUAAGGGAGUCGGACAAAAUAAAUGUUAAGUGAAUGGACCGUAAUGAUCGGUGGCUGCAGGGGCUCGGGUUCUUGGGUGGGGGGACUUAAGGGGUGCGAUGAUACUAUGAGAAGCAUUAAAAAAAAAACCUAAAAACCUAAAAACAUUUUACAAAUUAGAAAACAGAAUAUUUUGGUUAUAAACAACAAUUGAUAUACCUAAGUCGUUUGCGUAUGUCUAGGAGUUAAGCUGUUAAGGCUAUGGAACGCUCACUUCGAAUCGUCAAUGCGUGCCAGCCGAGUGGUUUUAUCAAAUUUCAUAAAUACCGAAGCACUGUAAAAUUUAAACUGUCUUUUAUGACUGCCUAAACAGUGUAGUCUUUUGGAUGUUCGUACUCCUGAAUUGACAGUGUAUAUUAUAAUGGCACUUUACGCGGAGCCUUUUUUAAAUUCUUACGCAGGCUCGCAUUAACGAAAAACAGUGAGUGUAUCAUUGCGUCAACUUUCUAAGUUAGGUGUCUUCAUGAUGGAAGUUCUACAUAUAAAUGUUUUUCUUUCUGUUUUUAACGAAUUGGUUUAUCGUACUCCAAAUAUAAUGCCCUCUGACAUUUGUCAUAUUGUUUCCUGAUACUGUUAAAUCUGUAAAUGAAAAAUUUUAGCAAUGAAUGGACAAUUUAUGACAUUGACAACACACAUAUUAAUCUCUUUUUUUUUUAUAGAGAUAUUGACUGGUAUCUACUUAUUCGUGUCAAAAGGAUUACUCGGUACUCGAUCAAAAUUUUUUAAAUAAUAUACUGCUCUAAUAAUUCAGAAAUCAUUCGAGAAAGAGUACUGGUGUUAAACAAGACUUAUUUUCAAUUACUUAUAUUUUCUGAUAUCUUUGAGCUAUGGAAACAAAAUGACUAUGUUAGAUUCCCAUAACUAUACAUUACAUUUUCAUUAAAGCGUGUGUGCGAAUUGGCUCGGUAUUCCAAAAUUGUUUGUUUUCUAAUUAUUAUUAGUCGAUUUUACUUUAAUCGUAUAAAGUGCAUCGCUAUUUAAAUACUUUGGCAGUAGUACAGCAACAUAUGUAUGUCUGUUCUGUUCAUUGUCAACUUCAGAAUAUUGCCAGUUGGAUUUCCAUUUUAGUAUAAACUAAUCUAACUGCGUCUUUGAAUAUAAAUUUUUGGUAAAUUCCAAAAACUUACAAUUCUCACAUCAUAAAUAGUAUCAGUUAUAUCAUUUUACUUAUUAAUAUCAUUGAAUAAUUAUUGAAUAAUAAAGACAUACACAUUGUUGUACAGUAGCCGUUUUAUAAUUAGUAUUACUAAGCAUUUUUUUUCCGUUUCAUUUGGAUCAUAUAUUGAUAUAUCUGAUAAAAUUUUCAUUCAUUAGCGUUCAUCGCUUGCCUUUUUGUCUCAAUAAGAUUGAACAUCCAUACAAUAGGUAUCGACAUUACUGCUAGGAUUAAGUGAUGCGAAAGUUCUUAUCUUUGUAUCCAGUGGUGAUCGCAUGUCAAGAAGUAAUAAUUUCCUUGACAUAUUUUUGAAGAUGUUUCAGGUGAACGAACCGGGAUUGACAUUCCUGGAAUUUUUAUAAUUUGAUAUGAUUUCGAAUCCUAAAAUCACUGGCUAUGAUAAGUUAGGUGAAUCUGCCAUCGAUUGUUUAUUCUGAUUUAAAAAGAGAUUUCGAUUAUUCUCUCUGUAGCAUUUGACGAGAGUGUAUUCUUUCUCUUUCUCUACUUCUAACUUUCUCUCUCUCUCUCUCUUUUUCUGAGUAUCUGUCGAUGCUAUUUACGCAAACUUUACGUUUUCGUAUUUUCCCUCGACUCGCUGACCGAACAUCAUUGAUUUCGACGAUGUAAAUAGUAUAAUAACUAUCGGCAAACUCAAUCCUUUCUGUAGUAAUUAUGAUAAUGUUCUGGUUAAAGAUAUACCGAAUAUGGAAUAUGCAUAGCACUUGUUUUUUUGCGAUGGUAUUACGUGAAAUUUUCGGUUUAAACAUUGAAAGUUAUCUUUAUUUAACGUAGUAAAGAAGGUCAAUCCAAAGUUAAUCGGUAUCUUUUUAUCCCUUUGAUUAUUCGCAUACGAAGGAAAUUAUUAAAUACGAAGGGAACGAGUUUCCGUGUAAUCUGAAAAAAAGCUUCACAGGGGCCUAGUUCUUACAAAGUUCUUUUUUUGUGGUAUCGUAACAUUAUAAUUAUCAUUAUUAUUAUUAUUACUAUGUAUUGAAUAAUGUUAAAUUUAUAAGACGAAUGAGAGAACAGCGAAUGAGGUAGGUUGUGAAUGGCGAUGGUUGAUUGAGAUUAUUAUAUAGAUAACAUUAAAGAUAUGGAGCUAUUGCUUCUUCACUGAAAUUGCAAAUACAUAAGUGCUUGACGAGUGAAAAAAUAUAAUAUUGUAAUAGAAAUUUCUUUCUUUCUUCAAUGAUAUCACAUUUAAAGGCGUUAAUUGUCGUUUCUUUGAUUAAUUCCAUUCGUGUGCAUCAGUGUUAUAGAGUUCAUCAAAUAGUACAGUAUUUUUUGCACGCUAUUGCUCGAUUCCAUUACUUUGAAUUCUAAGUGGUUGUUGAAUUUGUCAUCGUUCUUGAAAUGUGCUGUAAUUUCUCUGAGAAAGCUAUAGACCACUGAGUAUAAAUAUUCUGAAUGAGAAAAACAGAUUUAAAUAGUCAGUGCUAUCCAUCUGUCAGUCUGUGACGUAAGUGAAGUAUUGUAUUGGUUCUAUAAUAAAACAAAUCAAUUGAAA